AUGACUUUUACUCCGGUAGGGAGGUUCAAAGAUGCGGCAUAUUACGCCCAUAUUACGGAGCCAGAUACACUAGCAGAUGGAAAAGGCUCCACAUCGAGUUCCUUCCACAUCACACGUACAGACGGACAAAAUCUCAACCACAACCUGUAUGGAGAACCCAAGGAGUCAGAUAAGCUUGAUGAUAUCAAAACGAAAGCAAUUCUCAAUUUGUUCUUGGUGGAAGUCAUAAAAAUAAACGAGAUAGAAGACGCGCUAGUUCGUGUAGAGAAGGAAAAACAACUCGGAAAGUCGAGCUUCACAAUUGCCAGAGUUCGUGGUACAGAUGUUCGACGUUCCGCAAAAUACCAUGAAUACAUCGAUAAACUCAAUACCUUGGAAAAGAAUAAAGAGCAAGCAGGAAAAGCUGCGGAGAGGAGCGCUUUAGAUGAUUUUUUUCACAAUAUCAACAUUCACGGACUAGAUUCGAUAAUGGGGUCACAAACCUGGUCAAUCACACACAUUCGUACGGUUCCAACCCUAGAUGAGCCUGUCCAGGAAUCUACCUUCCUUGAAGGCAUUACUUCUAUUGAAAGACUUUGUGAGCCUACCGAUGAGACCGUCGUCCCUGAAACAAUCACCCUUGAUAAUAAACCUCGUUCAAUUUCACCGCUGUCGAUUCCAGAAGAUUUGGUACCAAGCAAUGAGACAGCUUCGAAUAAGAAGAAGAGGAAGAAGAAGACGAAGGGAAAAAGCAACGCAAAGAAGGUUGCUAGGCAAGAAGAAGACCUCGAGUCUACAGCAUCAGAAACUACGCAUCCAACUGCUAAGAUGACGGAAAAGCCUUCUCAUUCUAUUGCACAUGAUCACUUAAAUUACCAUUUGGACGACUCUACAAAUUCAGUGGUUGACGAUAACACCAGCUGGGAAGUCGUGAAACCCAGGCCUAUUAAGAAGAUACCACGAGCUGCCCGUCAGUCUCGGUCAGUUCAUUCUCCUAAGCCAGAUAAGCAGAAUACUUCCAUUGCUAUCAAGGCUCGACUAAACCAGAACAUUGAAAAAAGAAAGGGAGGAAUGCCCACUAAAGCAUUAGGCCAAAUUGCUACUACCACAGAACUUGGCGAAAAGUUGGAGAUCAAGAGCCUCGAACAUUUCCCAGCAAUCUCUUCUCUGAAAAAUACUACACAACAAAAGUUUGCUACGACUAAGGUAGAACAUACAAAAAUGAUGGAACGACGGGUUGAACUAAAAACGGGCUUCGACGCUUGGGCAAAGCUAGAGCCUACAGUCGUAGCUGGACAACACGCUGUAUCAAAGGCGGAGCUUUCACCUGAUGUAGGAGCUAACGUUGAUCAUAAUCUAACAAAGCCGGUGGUUCAGGAUGCAGUGAUGGUAUCGGCACCCAUACCUCCGACAAAACAUGCUUUCCUAUCUAUAGAAGUUAAUGCUGAGGACACUCCUAACGCUACUGGUACCAAUUCUCCCGAAAAUGUUGAUGCCAGUCGUCAUUUAGCCGAUGAAAUCAGAGUAACGAAGGUUAUCAAUGAAAGUGCCAAGGAUGUUGAUUUGCCUAGCAUAAUAAAUACCAGAUACGAAGCCGAAGAUAUUGCAACAAGCCCUGCUGAAAAGUCUACACCUCAGCGUGGAAUGACUUUGAAGUAUGACGCACCAAUCUAUCUCGGGGAUUUCCUUGAUGCUCCUAGCCGACGAAGACAAUAUCGAAGCUCUUCUGCUAGCCCAACAAUGUUCGCUGUUUCCACUACAACCAGGGAUGAUAAACUAAAGCCACUAGAAUCCGGUUCUGUUUCGUUCAUUGAGAGGCGCAGGUCUGUUACUGGAAUAUCUCUUGAUAAGAUGCCUGUUGAUAAGAUGUUUGUUGCUAGUAUGAAGUCUGAGGCAUUAACGGUUGGUAAUGCUAUUGCAGCUCGUCGUUUAUCUGUUGCUGAAAGUACGUCUUUGGAUUCUGUCGUUGACAACACCAUUUCAGUUGACAGUAUAUCCAGAGAUAAAACUGUUUCCUAUAUAUCUGCAGACACUACCACACCGGUUUCUGACGUUGUCUCACUGGAUACCAUUGUUAACAAUGCCCUUCAAGUUUCAGAUUCAUGCCCUUUAGAGUUUGGUACUGGUAUUGAAGAAUCUCGGCCAUCUAAGGAAGCCACCUUAACUUCUUUCAGUAAACCCAGUUCAAUUAUCAGUUCAACCAUGACUAUUCAUGGUCCUCAGCCUCGUGGCUUCCAUCCUUCUUUCAUGGGUUUGAAUUCUCCGAAUCUGGAUUUCGCGGUAUCUAAUUUUGCAGGAAAUCAGAGACUCACUCAGAAGGCAAGUGUGGGUAGUUUUGAUCUCUUGGAAAAUAGUCUUUUCGAAUUCUCUAACGGUUGGAGUCGGCAAAAACUAUCGACCAGUAGCAUUCUCCAUGUAGGUCCUUAUAGACAUGUGGAACCAAAUUUAGUUCAGAUCCCAUUCGAUUGCACUUAUUGUGCUAGGGGGUAUUAUGCAACUGCAGACUGUCCUAUGGUCCUUUGUAAUGGCUGCGGGCCCAAUAGUGGUGUCAUGUAUUGCUCGGUUGCAUGUCUCCUAGCGGGAAGCCUUGCCCAUGCUGAAGUUUGCCAGGAGUGCGUGGGUAAUUCCGAGACAACUACUGUUGAUUACCCUACUGCGUAUCAAAUACACUACUAUGGCACUCUCAAUACUCCUCCUUCAAUUGCGGCUACAUUUAAGAGGUCAGCUUACACCUAUCGCCAAAAGGUUUUCGCGAUGUACUGUCGCAGCGGAGCAUUUCCACAACUUCUUGCAGCAUGGGCUCGGCGAAAUAACCUUCUACAUACCCUUGAAGGACAAGAUAUAUGUGAAGCUACAAAAAAGACUGGUAGUUAUUUUAUCUUCAAGUCUGCCUUGACUAGUAAUGGAAAUCGCACCAACCCGGACAGCACAGUUAUAUGCACCAUCAAAUUCCGUCCUAACGACCAGAUGUUGCAAGCUGUCGAUCGAUGCCUUCAGGCUUGUUUCAAAAUAAAUCACGAGUACGUACGUGCUAUCAAGGAAUUCUUGUUUAGACUUAUCAAGGAUUUACUUUCUGAUGAUGAUUCAUUUGAUUGUUUUCCCCAUACUGAAGAUCGCACAACAGUAUUUUAUGAAUUCCAGCAUCAAUACAACCUUGAAUUCGAAUUUCAUGCCGAUAUGCAGAGAACUCCCAUGGGGAAGUUUGAUUUUCAUUCGGAGUGGCCAGAAAUUGAGCAUCUCUUGUGUCAACUUGAGACUGGAGAAUGCAUCUAG